AUGGGUGAGAGCUCGGAAGGACUUCGCGUGAAGACACUACCGCCGGAGAGCUCAUCGGACGGAGAUGGAAACUCCCCGGAAUACUCCUGGGACUACGACGACACCACCACCAUAUUCUCUCCCUAUGGCAGCUCUUCUGAGUUUUCCAGCUGCGACAACAAAGGGAGGGCGUCGAAGACGGUGAGGGGUGUGGGCAGGGUGGGAGGCGAAGGCGUGGCGGCGGAGAAAGAUUCCAACGACCCUUUUCUGGACAUCAGGCAUUCCCUCCUCCAAAUGAUACUGGAGAAUAAGAUUUACGUGGCGGACGAUUUCAGAAAGCUUCUGCGAUGCUUUCUUCUGCUCAAUUCACCGUACCACCAUGGGUUAUUGUCAGAGCUUUCUUCUACGAACUUUUUGUAA